CGGCUUCUGCCCCAUGUCAGGAGCCGAGCUGCCUGGGGACUCCUGGUGGAGCAUGUGUGGCCACCUAGUGGCAGGUACCAGCUGCCCGCCAGGCUGUGCUCAACCCAGAGACUUCUUGGGCUCUGAGUUAGCUGUGUCCCCUCAGCUGCAAGAGCCGUUGUGACCUCAGCGUGGCUCAGUUCGCCCCAUUUCCGCCCCUUUCCAAACAUCUGUUUCUGCUUCUGGUCCUGCUCCUGAUGGCCCCACUGUCCCUCCCAGUCCCCUGUUUAAACGCCUCAGGAGGGAGCACCUUCCCGGUGCAGAUGGUGCUGCGGCCCCCCCACAGGUCCCUGACCGGGUUCGCUUUGCUCUCUGACGGUGGAUUGGAUCCCUCUCAAUCUGGAACCUUCCUUUCCAGCAGGUCCCCGAAGAAUCUUGAAUGGACGUUGAAGUGGACGGUGUUGACCUGGACAGGAUCUGGUCCAGGGUGCAGGUCUCCCUCUGCCCCACCCUCCCCGUCUCUCUGGUGGGAACUGCCGUCACCUCUCUACCUGGGUGCUCAGGGCUCUGCCAAAUCUGCAGCCACCUGACCUCUUGAGUCCCAGGCUUGGGACUAGCUGGGUAUCGCUUCUGCCACUUCUGUCCAUCCUGGAAAGUGACCAGUCCAGUCUAGAAUCAGGGGAGGAGAAGCAGAGUCCCCCUCUUCAUGCUAGGAAGGACAGGUGUCUCCAGCUGUGCACAGGAACCGGCUGACCGGGGACCCCUGUUGGACACCACAGCACUGAACGAGGAUGGAGGAUGGGGAGUACAACUCCUCCCUCCCCUACGACGACGAAUACCUGGAUGAUCUCGGCCCCGUGUUGGUUCUGGACGACCACCCCGCCCCGGAAGCCAGGGUGACCAGGAUCCUCGUGGUGGUGAUCUACAGCAUCGUCUGCUUCCUGGGGAUCCUGGGCAACGGCCUGGUGAUCGUCAUCGCCACCUUCAAGAUGAAGAGGACGGUGAACAGCGUGUGGUUCCUCAACCUGGCCGUGGCCGACUUCCUCUUCAACGUCUUCCUGCCUCUGCACAUCACCUACGCCGCCCUGGACUACCACUGGGUGUUCGGGACGGCCAUGUGCAAGGUCAGCAGCUUCCUGCUCAUCCACAACAUGUACACCAGCGUCUUCCUGCUCACCGCCAUCAGCCUGGACCGCUGCGUCUCCGUGCUGCUCCCCGUCUGGUCCCAGAACCACCGCAGCGUCCGGCUGGCCUACACGGGCUGCGUGGUCAUCUGGGUCCUGGCCUUCUUCCUGAGCUCCCCGUCCCUCGUCUUCCGGGACACGGCCAGCCUGCACGGCAAGACCUCCUGCUUCAACAACUUCAGCCUGUCCGCGCCCGGCUCGUCCGGCCGGAUCGGGUCCAGCCAACACGUGCUGGUGACCGUCACCCGCUUUCUGUGUGGCUUCCUGGUCCCUGUCCUUGUCAUCACGGCCUGCUACCUCACCAUCGUCUGCAGGCUGCGGCGCAACCGCCUGGCCAAGACCAAGAAGCCCUUCAAGAUCAUCGUCACCAUCAUCGUCACCUUCUUCUGCUGCUGGUGUCCCUACCACACUCUCUACCUGCUGGAGCUACACCACACUGUCCUGCCUGGCCCUGUCUUCAGCCUGGGCCUGCCCCUGGCCACGGCCCUCGCCAUCGCCAACAGCUGCAUGAACCCCCUUCUGUACGUCUUCAUGGGCCAGGACUUCAAGAAGUUCAAGGUGACGCUCUUCUCCCGCCUGGUCAACGCUCUGAGUGAGGACACGGGCCACUCCUCCUUCCCCAGCCAUAGGAGCUUCACCAGGAUGUCGUCAGUGAACGACAAGUCUUCGGUGAACGAGAGGGAGACCAGCAUGCUGUGAGCCUCACCUGGGAGACCUGCAGCGGUCACUCCCAGCCCAGGGGGGCCCAGGGGUGCCCGGGGACGUGCCUUCUGAAGACCAAGGCAGGCACCUCCUUACUGCACCUUGAUGGAUACUCGCUGCAUUUUGCGUAGGGGUGAACCGUGUUGUGAAUCCAGGGUGGGGAACCCCUUUCUCUGAGUGGCAUGGGGGACGGAGCUGGCCAUGUCUCACGUGGACCUUGGACCAGCACCCUGAGCUCCAACGGAGACCAGCCUGGACCCACUCAGAGCAGCCGAGGAAGGAUUCUCAAAAGCACAGCUGUGAAAUGAGAUUGGCCUAAGGCUGUGGUAUUAAGCUGCCUACUGGGUACCCCAGGAAUACCCCGGGUCCUCUCCAAAGUCCCUGGAGGGAGCAGGAGAGGUCAGGGGGAACCUAGCGUGAAGCAGCUGACGCUUCGUCCCCCGAGAUCCUGGCCCUGCAGGUGUCCCUCUGGGUGAGGCCCGUGGAAAGGCACAGGAUACUGACUGAAGUGACAGACGCCCCUGACCGUGUACUUGACUUUGAGAGGAGUCGAGAAGAUGGACCAGGUCCCCAGGGCUUUGUGGAUUCUGGCAAGGUCCACACCAGGGAGCCUGCAACCGGUACUGGGGUCUGGGGAAAGGCAGAGCAAAGACCGUCCAAGGCGUGGGCACCGCAGUUCACCCCAGAGCUUCCCACGGUGGGGCACGUCAGCCACAGGUGCAGGGACGCCGGCCCAGGGGUGGAGGCGGCGGUGGGGACCCAGAUGCUACCUGGCAGGACAGCCUGCAAGCUGCCUUCCCGAGCCACAUCCCUGAGACGAAGGCAAACAGCUCCCGUGUGCACCUCCUUGUCUGGCUUAUUCUCUUCUUCCUUUGGCAGGAAGUGACAUUGUCCCACUGACAAAUGACAGAGUGGAGGCUCUGAGGGAGGAAGCCAGGCACCCAGCACCACACACACGGCCUCACAGCGGCAGAGAUGUGAUCUGCCCCAGGCUCUGCCUCCAGAGGCUCCCCUCUGGUAUGGAGAAUUUAUCUGUUGAGAAGAUUCCAGACCAUCACGUGGCCCAUAUUCAGCACGUCCAUGAGAUAUUUACUCCCCACGGUGGCCCUGAGCUAGGCACAAUGGUUAUUUCCCUUUUGCAUAUGAGGAAUCUGCAGCUCAGAGAGAUUAAGGGACUUGCCCAGGGUCACCCAGCUAGUUUGCUGGAGGCUGGAUUGGAACCUCAGUUUGCUGGGUUCAAACAAGGCGGCAGAGUCAGGAAGGAGCUAGAGAGGUUGGGGCUUCUUUGUAACGGGGUGCUGCUGGGGGUUGAACCCAGGGGCGCUUUACCACCGAGCUACAUCCCCAGGGCUUUUUGUUUGUUUGUUGGCUUUACUUUGUAUUUUGAGACAGAGCCUCCCUACAUUGCGGAGGCUGGCCUCGUCCUGGUACUCCUUCUGCCUCAGCCUGGGAUCAGAGGCGAGUGUCACUGCGCCUGGCGAGAGGUUAAGUUUUGAGCAUGACUUGAUUUUUUCAGCAGAUCAAUGUGAAAAUCUCAGUGGCCCUUUAAGGAGCUUUGCAAAUAGUUUUCAAAAUGAUCCAAAACGGCAGAGAAAAUGCACUUGGCCUCCAGCUCCCUGGACACCCAUCAGCACCCCGCCCCCGCCCCCGGGGCCCCCACCCUCAGCGCACCCCGAGGUCUCUGGGGAGCAGAGCAGGGGAGGCCUGGCGGGCGUCAGCCUCCUGUUGGACCGAGGCCUCUUGGCCCCGAACCGCCCAAGUCCCUUGGUCGUGAAGCCUGUCCUCCUGAUGUCACGUCGACCUCGUGCUGGGCCCGUCCCCAAGCUUCGGGCUGUUUGGAGUCACACUUCAUCAAGGGACAGACUGUUCCUUCCUGUUGGGUCUGGAAACUUUUGAUGAGGGAGCUCUGAGUGCAUCCAAGCCGGGCCUCCGACGGCCUCAGGGAGUUGGGACCCGCACGUUGGACGGGGAGACGGAGCUCUGAAGACGGCCCAGCGCCCCUGCCGUCCCCGCCCAGGUUUACAGAUGAGGCGCUAGGUGCCGGGUCGCAGAGGCAGUCCUCUGCCACUCAGGCCUCCGGGCUACGGGGACAGCGCUUCUCCUGGGCUGCAGGGGAGGCCCGGCCAGGCUGGGGGCCAGGAAUUUGUGGGGUCACUGGGGACACCGAUAAGCAGGACGGGAUGCAGACCAGCUGUCCUCCUCCCUCUCUCCUGGAUGCCACACCAGCGUCCCUGUUCUGACUGACAUUUUCUGUUAGGGAUGUCAGUGUGACCAGGACGUCCCCUCCUGUCUUGGCCCCACGGUGUCUUCUAUAAUCCCUGCAGUUGGUGACACGUGCUCCUGUGUCACACUCCACGGGUAGCCAACACGCCCAGGGCCUGGCUUCUUCUCUCCGGGCCAGGACCCAGCCAGUGGUCUCAGUGCCGGGGUCAGGUGGGUCGAGGGGACAUGGGGACAAAUGGCAGAGAGACCUGAAGAGAAGAGAGUACGGGCUCUGGCGUUUACUGAGCACCUACCAAGUGUCACCUGUUAUGUGUCACCUACCAUGUGACACCUGCCAUGUGACUGGCCAGGGGGAGGACCACCGGGGCCACGUGGGUGGUGCAGAAAGCAAGGCUAGGAGCUGGUCACGCUUGCCUGGGGGACACGGGCCGGGAAGGGGGCAGCUGGCUUGGAGCCAGGGCUGCUGUCUGGGCCCCCACCUCCAUUUUUCUAGCAACCAAGCACGCAAAGGGGUGGCGACUCUGUCAGUCUAAUAGCCAAGACCUGGCGGAUGGGAGAGAAUGGCCCGGCCUCCUCGAUCCUGAGUCUUGCUCUUGAGCACUGCUGGGGCCAACUCAAGGGCCCAUCCCCCACUGCCCAUCCCCCAACACUCCCCAUCCCCCCACCACCCACCACCCACCCACACAUCCACCCACCCACCUGUUUACAUGAGCACCUAUUACCCACCCAUUCGCCCAGUCUCCAUUACAGUGCAUUUAACACCUGCUCUUUGCUGGGAGCCCAGGGAGGCCCUGGGGACACAGGGAUAAUCAAGCCACACUGUCUCUGUCCUCUGGCGAGUGGGACAGACAGCUAACCAUUAAAACCCACCAAACCCGCCCAUCCUGGUGGAGAAAACCCUCAGUGAAGGGCCACACACUUAUUCUAGAGGGACCUGACCCCAUUCGGGAGCCAAGGACACCCCCUGGGGAGGACACGCUUGAGUUACCUUGGUGGGUACUGGCUUGGUGGGGGGCCCUGGAGGGGGUGCUCUGGGGGGAGGGGACAGGGGGCCAGUCCUGUUGAUCUGGGAGAUCAACACAGUGGUCACAGGGGAGUGGGGACUCCGUGCGGGAGCAGGGCGAAGGUGGGACCAGACGGGGAAGGUCUUCGCCCUGAGAGCCAGGGGCCAGGCCUGCGCAGGUGUGCACCCCGUGUCCACGGCCCUGGCCGCUGUGCAGGGACCCAGUGGAGCGGGGCAGAGAGGAGGCAGGCAGCUGAGGUGUCCCAGCAGGGACAGUCCUUGGACUGGGGAGGGCAGGUGGAGCCCUGGAGGGGGACUGUUGGGGAGAUAGUGAAAAGCCGCCCAGCCCUCUCAGGGCAGCGGUGAGUGGGAAGCCAAGCCGAGCCCAUGUCUCUACACAGAGUCUCGAUGCUUUGCUUUAUUGGCAGAAAUUAAUAGUAAACAUUAUUCAACUCGCCCUCCCCGUGCACAAUGACGAUCCUCGGGGGGCCCCUGAGCACAUAAUGAAUCCCAUAAAUAACACACAGGUUCACCUCGGGCGGCAGAGGCCUGUUCAAGCUGGGAUUGCAGGGGUGGUGGCGGGGGUGGCGCGGGGGUCUACGCAGACAAGAUGUCCCGCUGCGGGGACCGGGGUUUAGCCUUGGCCAUCACCUGGGCUCUGUCUGGGGGGAAUCUUCUAGAAGUGCCUCCCCCCCAGAGGAUGUGGAUAUCCCCCACCAUGGCUUAGAUUCCUGGUCGAAGGGCAGGUGGGGAGCAAGCAGCAAGCAACUCGGGCCUGUGCAUGGUCCAGUGACUGACAAGGACAACCUGGUGGCCGGAGCUAAUGUGCAUCGGGCAUGUUCAAGUGCGGGCGGCCACUUUAGUGUCAUCAUUUCAUUGAGUCCUUGCAGCAACCUCUGUGGUAGGAGCUGUUACUCUCUCCACUUACAGAUGGAGAAGUUGAGGUUCAGAGAGGUGAAGUGACCUGCCUGAGGCCACACAGCUACUAAGUGAUCAAGCGGGGGGUCCCAGCCCUGCUGGUCUCAAAAACUCUGUUUCCCCAGCAACCUGCAGACUCAAAACUGUCCUCUGAAGAGACUCGUCUCCGGAGGGAGGAUGACAGGGUGCGCUCCCUCUCUGGUGUGGAGUUUUGAGGAGGUCCCAGUGAGGGGGUCUGAGGGAUUGCUUUGUCCUGGAGGGAGGGAAGCCGUGUCGGGUGGGCUUGUCACUUGCGGGCAGCCUUGGGGGGCUUAGGGUUUUGGAGUUUGGAAGAGACACAUCCUGCCCCGCCCUUCCCCUCUCCCGGUCACAGACUGAAACGAAGUGGGGGUGCAGCUCCUCUGGGGACCUCCUGCCUCUCUGACUGCUGUGCGCUAAGUGAGUGCAAAUGCUCCUGCAUGUGGUCGGCAUUCGCCAGGCCGCCCCCUUCACUUCUGAGUUUGUCCCCCAGGCCCCCGGUCUGUCCUGGAGGACCUCUGCCCAGGCUCUGCGAGCCCCUCAGGAGCCUCCGGCAGAAUCCUGGCUGGAGAGGGGCGGGUCUUGGCGAAAGUCACUUCAGGGCAGAGACGUGAUGUAUUUGGGGCAUAAACUCAACCUUCCAAAUUGCCCCAGGUGUGGGCGAGGGGUGUUCCUUGACCCGCAAGUGGUCACAUGGGUGUCCUCACAGGUUACGCUCACUUCUCGGUGUGUCUACGGUGAAUGCACCGCACAGCAGUAAGUUAUAUCUCAAUAAAAGUCUUUUUAAAAAUAAAA